AUGGAGGCAGAAGGGGUUGCUGUUGCGACUGCCGCAGAGCAGGCAGCACUAGUAUUCUUCUGCGGUCCGCUGAACGGCAGCAUCUUUGUAGCGGAGUGCGCAGAAGUAAUAGAUGCCGCUAUCGUUGAGAGCUCCGAGGCGUGGCGCUGGACGGUGCGACCAGUGUGGCUGCGCUCUCCCACGAGCGACAACGCAUUGAGCCCCGCACUGGCGAGAGCAACCACUGACGGACGCGAAAGAAAGCGACAGCGGACGAAACCUGCUGACGUAUCCGCCAAUGUGUCCGAACGAGAGCACCUCCGAGCAGCCAAGGUUGCCGCUGCCCGCUCUCUGCGUGGCAAUGGGGUACGCUGUAUCGCGGCUCAGCGCUGCGGGCGGGCGACAAGUCGGGGCGAUGGCGAGACCUGCUGGAUGCUUGCCGCUGCCGGAGAUGAUAAGAUACUGCGCGUUUUUCGAGGGAAACACAUACAACCCGCGCAAGCGACAGAUGCAGCGAUGCUCUGGGAGACUGUCGUCGAAAAAGCGAACCCGAAACGGAUGACAGCUGUACAGCUGGGUUUCGACGGCCGUGUGGCGCUCACAGCCGACAAAUUCGGUGACGUCUACGCGCUCCAGAUCGGGGAGGAAGCGUUGCUGCCAGAGCCGGCUUGGCAGUAUUUGUUGCGUCAGCCGGUAUAUGUUGCGGGGGACGCUUCUGUAGAGCCAGUCAUGGGGCAUUUGUCAAUCAUUACAUCGUUGGCAAUCGAUCCUGGAGGCCGUCUCAUAGCUAGUGCUGACAUCGAGGGCCAAAUUCGCAUUUCGGCAUUUCCGGAGGUGUACAGAGUAGAGCAAAUCUACUCUAGUUGCGGCGGUGAUCCAUCAUGGUGCACAUCCAGCGACUUUAUCACGAGACUCUCCUGGAAGCAUGGUAGUCAAACGCCAACGCUCAUAGGCGCUGGGACCGACGUCUGGUUCGUGGCAAAACAAGUGAAGCCGGUGCCCGCGGCACGCGACACUUGCGAUGGUGAAUCCUGUUGGCGUAUCUGGGGUGGGCGUCUCGGCUCCUUGCGCGGAACUGGAGCGGCCUAUGAGGGAUCAACUUCAGACGAGAACGCAUCAAUGGUGGCCCGAGCGCCUUCUGAGGGUGCAGCUGGCCGCGCACUGGGUCGAGCAUCGGGGCUGGAAUCUUGCUCGACGCACGGUUUCACGUGGAUUUGUCUGGAUAUCGAUGCUCGCCUGACGCUAGCGCUCUGGGGCAACGCUCAGCAUCAGACGUGCUUCAGUAUUAUUUCGUUGAUGAACGCGGAAUCCGAGAGCGCACUGCAUCGUUUGAAUGAAAGACUGGGCGAUGCUCGAGCUCGCUAUCGAACGCGUAUACCAACCGGAUGCUGCUCACUGCCGCUCAGCACGUGCUUGCCCAAGGGCCGUGAACACCAGCUCCGGUCGUUAUCGACGCCCGUAGAACUGUGCUCGAUGAUCUUCGUUCCGACAGCGCCUGGUCCACUUGAUGCCGCGGUCUGCUCGAUGCAUGAGACAGGCGCCCGGUGGACACCUGAGGUGACCCGAACCUCCACAGACGUCUCUGAACCCGAAGCUGUUCGUUUCUUCUUUGUUCUUCCCUUUGUGGAAAGCGAUGACCCAGCAGCGGAGGAUGCGCUGUUGCCUCUGGCGGCGACGAUGCAGUGGACGCUCAACCAGUCCGUCGCAACUUGCAUCCGAGAGUCCAGCGGGGCGUUCAGUACAUCUGAGCGAGCAAACACACCUUACAAUGCCUUACAUCACUCGGGCUGGAGCUGGAUAUUCGAUCAGGCAUGCAACGCCGUGACCGGAGGCGACGGAAGCCCAGCGCCCGUGCCGACCCCCACUACGGAAACCUCGAGGUAG